CAUCCCCACGGAUGAAUGAGCGAGGGGGAGCCGAUUGGCAGCAGGGGGGGUGAGCACCGCAAGUUCAUCACCCGGCCUCAUCACCGUGCAUUCAUCCGCCCUGGCAGCCCAGUGGGGCGUCGUCGCGCAAUCCUCUCAGCACACACGCUCCUCCCCUCGCCUCCUAUCCAUGCCACCAAGUUUUAUAGUUGCCCAAGCGUCACGCAUUUCGCCUACUCACUUCCAAGCGCAGCAUUCUCUCUCGAGGAAUUAUCUCGGGACGACUCCCUUGUUAGUUUGUGUUCUGCCUCCUGUUCAUCUCUCCAGGCUGCAAUGGCUGCCGUCGGUAUGACCAUGUCGCUCAGGAGCAGCACCACCCUCAAGGGUGAAUUCUGUGGCGCGGCUGUGAGGCAGAGCGUCGCCGCCCCCAAGGCUGCCAAUGUGGCGUUCGCCGUGCGCGCUGGACAGUAUGACGAUGAGCUUGUUAAGACCGCGAACACCAUUGCCACCAAGGGUAAGGGUAUCUUGGCCAUGGACGAGUCCAAUGCCACCUGCGGCAAGCGUCUGGAGUCGAUCGGUUUGGAGAACACGGAAGCCAACCGUCAGGCGUACAGGCAAUUGUUGGUGACCACCCCCGAUCUUGGUGACUACAUCUCUGGAGCCAUCCUCUUCGAGGAGACCUUGUACCAGUCCACCACCGAUGGCAGGACCAUGGUUGACUGCUUGAACGCUAACGGAAUUCUACCCGGUAUUAAGGUCGACAAGGGUCUUGUACCUUUGACUGGAUCCAACAAUGAGUCCUGGUGCCAAGGUUUGGACGGAUUGGCCUCAAGGACUGCUGCGUACUACAAGCAAGGUGCCCGAUUCGCGAAGUGGAGGACCGUAGUGAGCAUUCCCAACGGACCUUCUGAGUUGGCCGUCACCGAAGCCGCCUGGGGGCUCGCCCGCUAUGCAUCCAUCUGCCAGGACAAUGGCUUAUCACCAAUUGUGGAACCCGAGAUUCUUUUGGACGGUGAGCACGGUAUUGACAGGACCCUGGAGGUUGCAUCUAAGGUGUGGUCCAAGGUAUUCUACUUCUUGGCCGAGAACAACGUGCUUUUCGAAGGUAUCCUCCUGAAGCCCAGCAUGGUCACCCCCGGUGCGGAAUGCAAGGACAGGGCCACCCCCGAGCAGGUCGCUGAGUACACUUUGAACAUGCUGAAGAGGCGUGUGCCACCAGCCGUCCCCGGAAUCAUGUUCUUGUCUGGAGGACAAUCCGAGGUUGAGGCCACCCUCAACUUGAACGCCAUGAACCAGAGCCCCAACCCCUGGCAUGUGUCUUUCUCCUACGCCCGUGCUCUCCAGAACUCCGUCUUGAAGACAUGGAAGGGACAGCCGGAGAAUGUCGAGGCUGCCCAGAAGGCUCUUCUCGUCCGCGCCAAGGCCAACUCCUUGGCUCAGUUGGGCAAGUACUCCGCCGAAGGCGAAGCCGAGGAGGCGAAGCAGGGAAUGUUCGUCAAGGGCUACACCUACUAAGCAGUCCCAGACGAACCCACUCUGAUUUUGUAGAAUGCAGUUACAAGGCUAAUGCGCCUGUUUGUAGAUGAAUGUAAGGAUGUUAAAAUUAACUACCAAUUUGGUGUUUUCUUAAAUCAUCUGUCAUAUUUUCUUCGUACAGACGGGCGUCGAAUCAGUGAAUCUGUCGAUCAGUAAGCAAAGUUCCAUUCUCUUCAGAAUCGUCUUGCUCUUCUCUUCCUAAAGACACUUGUUCCUGUUGGAAGUAAAAUGCAAGCUAUCUUUAUUUUUUCACCUAA